CCCUCACUCAGAAAGGUUUCUCCUGAAGAACCCAAGAAACCACACGCCUCGUUCUCACCUCACCUUGGUUCUUUGCCCGCCUCUCUUCUCUUGCUCCUGCGACUCGGGUUGAUUGAAGGUUCGUACUCUACAUCUCUGGAUUAACGGUUGACCAUCUUUGCAUUUAAUAUCCUAAGUCAUUAUGGAACCUGAGCGUUCUGAUACAAGACGUGUACAUGAUGACAUGGAAGAUAAUGGAAAUGAUAAAUCAAGAGAAUCAAAGCAUCGUAGUAAGGAGAAAAGUAGGAGUAGUAGAAGAGAAGAUAAAGAUCACAGAAGUAGAGAUCGUGAAAAGUCAAAGAUCAGUGAUGCUUCAAAAGAUAGAGACAAAGAGUCUGUGAAAGAUGUUAACAGAGACCGAAGAAAAGAAGAGGGAGAUGAACGUGAAAAAGAUAGAACCAGAGAUAAAGUGAGAGAGAAAGAAAAUGAUCGGGAAAAAUACAGAGAUAAAGAGCGUGAAAAGGAGAAAGAUAAGACCAGGGAUAGGGACAGGGGAAGUGAUAAAGGGAAAGAGAGGACAAGGGAAAAAGAGAGAGAGAAAAACAAAGAUAGGGAGAAAGAAAGAGAUGACACUAAAAUCCUUAAGAAUGAAGCUAAUGUUGACGAUGAAAAUGGAGGAUCACAGCAGUCUGCUUCUGAACUUCAAGAUCGCAUUUUGAGGAUGAAGGAGGAACGAUUGAAGAAAAAGUCAGAAGGUGGCUCUGAUAUAUUAUCAUGGGUUGGUAAAAGCCGAAAGCUUGAGGAAAAGAAACAAACUGAAAAGGAGAAAGCUUUGCAUUUCUCAAAGAAGUUUGAGGAGCAGGACAAUAUUACUCAAGGAGAGGAUGAAUACGAAUUGCCAGCUCGCCAACAUACAUCUCGUGAUCUUGCUGGAUUUAAAGUGCUUGAUGGGCUUGACAAAGUGAUUGAAGGUGGUGCUGUUGUUUUGACACUGAAAGAUCAGAGCAUACUUGCAGAUGGUGAUAUUAACCAAGAGGUUGACAUGCUUGAAAAUGUGGAGAUUGGGGAGCAAAAAAGGAGAAAUGAAGCUUAUAAGGCUGCUAAAAAGAAACCUGGAGUUUAUGAGGAUAAGUUUAAUGAUGAAUUUGGAGCUGAAAAGAAAAUGCUUCCACAAUAUGAUGAUCCUAUUCUAAACGAGGGUAUAACACUUGAUGAAAGAGGGCGAUUUGGUGGUGAAGCUGAGAAAAAACUAGAGGAGUUAAGGAGAAGGAUAGAUGGUGCAACUGUGACCACACGAUAUGAAGAUCUUACUUCAACUGGAAAGGUCACAACCGACUAUUACACUACCGAAGAGAUGAUGAAAUUCAAAAAGCCCAAAAAAAAGAAAUCACUAAGAAAAAAAGACAAACUAGAUCUCGAUGCGCUCGAAGCAGAAGCCAAGUCAGCAGGGUUGGGCACAGAGGAUCGUGGCUCACGGGCCGAUGGAAAAAGACAAGCCCAAAAAGAGGCCCAAGAGAGAUCCGAAGCCGAAAAAAGAAACAUCGCGUUCCAAUCCGCAUACAUCAAAGCAGAUGAAGCAUCUAAAGCACUCCGAAUGGAGCAAACUUUACCCAUUCAAAACGCAGAUGAAGAUAGUUUUGUAUUCGGUGAUGACGAUGAAGAGCUGAACAAAUCCCUACAAAGGGCAAGAAAACUUGCGUUAAAGAAGAAAGAUGACGUGGCACCUUCCGGGCCCCAGUCGAUCGUGUUACUCGCAAGUUCCGUUAGUAAAAACGCUGAUGUGGAAUCCAGCGAGGCGCAAGAGAAUAAAGUCGUGUUUACGGAAAUGGAGGAGUUCGUGUGGGGUCUUCAGCUUGACGAAGAAGCGCAUGACCCGGAUGCGGAGGACGUGUUUAUGGAGGAUGACGUGGCGAUGACGUCAUCGGAACGGGAACAGAAAGGUAAAGAAGGUGGUUGGGAAGAAGUGAAAGAUGAAGUUGAAGAUGAGAAAAUGGCGGAGGAAGAGGAAGAUGUGAAACCGGAUGAAACGAUUCACGAGAGUUCACUUGGAAAAGGGUUGUCUGGAGCACUUCAGUUGCUUAAAGACAGAGGGACUUUAAAAGACACUGUGGAAUGGGGUGGUAGGAAUAUGGAUAAGAAAAAGAGUAAACUCGUUGGGCUUGUGAAUGAAAAUGAUGAUAAAAAGGAGAUACGGAUUGAAAGAACAGAUGAAUACGGAAGAAUUUUGACACCGAAGGAGGCGUUUAGGUUGAUUUCACAUAAGUUUCAUGGAAAGGGUCCAGGGAAAAUGAAGCAAGAAAAGCGAAUGAGACAAUACCACGAGGAGUUGAAAGUGAAGCAAAUGAGAAAUUCGGAUACGCCGUCUUUGUCUGUUGAGAGAAUGAGGGAAGCUCAAUCCAAGAUGAAGACACCUUAUCUUGUUCUAAGUGGUCAUGUCAAACCAGGGCAAACAAGUGACCCGAGAAGUGGUUUUGCUACAAUGGAGGAUUUCCCGGGGAGCUUGACGCCCAUGCUUGGUGACAGAAAGGUUGAACAUUUCUUGGGGAUAAAGCGGAAGUCUGAGCCUGGUGAUAUGGGCCCACCAAAGAAGCCACCUAAACCGUGAUUAAUUAAUUGCUGCUGGUUUAGAAGAACCGACAUCUGUGUUUCUGUAAUUUUGUACGCACUAGCGAAUGGGCUAUUAUUGAUAAAAUAGAUGCAAAGUGAUGUGAGUGAAAUUUGCAGAAUUCUUUUGGGAAGUUUCGGGAGAUUGUGCGUGAGGUUGUAAACGGACAUGAACAUUAUGGUUUCCUUGUCCUAUAGACUAUAGUAGAUGGAAUGAAUUUAGUUUUUGCAUUGUAUUCAUAUCAUUUUCAGACCCGAG